UCUUUCCUUUCUCUCUCCUUUUCUUUUUUCUUUUUCUUUAUUUUCCUUUUUCCUGGUAGUCACCUCCAUAACAUGGAAUCAGGGAAUAAGACACAAAUUUCAAAAUUUCUUCUUCUGGGACUUUCAGAGGAACCAGAAGUGCAGCCCUUGGUAUUUGGGCUUUUCCUCUCCAUGUACCUGAUCACUGUGUUUGGAAACCUGCUCAUCAUCCUGGCCAUCAGUUCAGACUCCCAACUCCACACACCCAUGUACUUUUUUCUCUCAAACUUGUCUUUUGUAGACAUCUGUUUCACCUCCACCACCAUCCCAAAGAUGCUGUGGAACAUUCAGACCCAGAGUGAAGUCAUAACUUAUGCAGGCUGCAUCACCCAGAUCUAUUUUUACAUACUCUUUGCAACAUUAGAUGACAUUCUCCUGAGCGUGAUGGCCUAUGACCGGUUUGUAGCCAUCUGUCACCCCCUGCACUACACAGUCAUCAUGAAUCCCCGGCUCUGUGGACUGCUGGUGCUGAUGUCCUGGAUAGUGAAUGCCAUGUAUUCCUUGUUACACACUUUAAUGGUGUUGAGAUUGUCCUUCUGUCCAGAUUUGGAAAUUCCCCACUUUUUCUGUGAACUGUAUCAAUUGGUACAACUUGCUAGUUCUGACACCUUUCUUAAUAGCAUGAUGAUGUAUCUCGCAGCUUUACUGAUGGCUGGUGGUCCUUUUGCUGGCAUCCUUUACUCUUACUCUAAAAUAGUUUCCUGCAUAUGCAGAAUCUCAUCAAUUCAGGGGAAGUAUAAAGCUUUUUCUACCUGUGCAUCACAUCUCUGUGUUGUCUCCUUAUUUUAUUGUACAGUCUUAGGAGUGUACUUUACAUCUGCUGUUACCCACAGCUCACACUCAAGUGCAAUAGCCUCGGUGAUGUACACUAUGGUCACACCCAUGCUGAACCCCUUCAUCUACAGUCUGAGGAAUAAAGACAUAAAGAGGGCUCUAAGAAAAUUCUUUUGGAUGGCAGCUACAAGAAACCAGUUGUCCUGGGACUGA